AUGGCCCAUGUUACGAACGGUACCGCGGUCCCGGACGAAAUUUCUAUAGCAGCCAUUCAGGACUCGCUAGCCCAGGAGGCGAUUUCCGAUCUGAAUCGCCUCAGCGAACAGGUGAUCAAGAGCCGAGACAUCCCAAAAUGGUUCCUCGACGAUUACGAACAUUUCGCAAUGAUUCUCGAAGACUUUCAAGAGCACGAGUCGGACAUCGUCGACGCCCUGGGCUCUCCGACCGGCAACACGAGUCCGGACGAGACAGGAUCUCGGAACGGCGACGCACCCCGAUCCCCAAUGCGAAGUGUGGUUCGGAUUCAACUUCCCAAUGAGCAGCACACUACAAUCCAAGUACGAACCGGCCAGACCGUGAUGGAAGCACUCGCCAAAGCGAUGAAGAGACGGAAACUCAGUCCGGAGAUGUGCGUCGUCUAUAAGGAAGCCACCGGCGAAAUGAUCGAGUGGAGCACGGACAUGGGUGAACUCGAAGGCGACACAGAGAUCUGCGUCAAAAUCCGAGACAAGUAUCCCAUCGCCACUUCGAUCUCGCACAAUUACGUUCGGAAAACGUUUUUCUCAUUGGUGUUCUGUGAAUGUUGUCGAAAAUUAUUGUUUCACGGCUUUAGAUGCCAAACCUGUGGCUAUCGUUUCCAUCCGCGAUGUGCGGAUGCCGUACCAGCGCUCUGUCAACCGUUGGGUGUUGAACAGCAAUACUUGAAGCAUUUGUUAGCCUUGCAAGAUGGUCUGGAGCCAGCGCCGAGUUCUUAUAUCCCAUUCAUGGAAGAGUGCAACCUACAGCGAGCGGGGAAUCUGAAUCGCAGCAGCUCCGAAAGCAACCUCACGGGGCAACGCGAAAGAUCAACUUCGGCACCGAAUGUCUCUUACAACGCAGUGAACCAGGAUUUCUCCGACUUCCCUCGAUUCAAACAAGUCUACUCGUCUCCAGAAAACUCUCCCCCGCCUCUGCCGCGCGGUCAGAACGCUGUUCCGUCCCCCAUUCGGAAUGUUGGAGUUUCUUGGAACAGCAUCUCCGCGAACAACAAUAGACACAGUAUCGACGAUGCUCACACGAAUCAACGAAGUGGUGUGAACACUUAUCUCGAUAGUAAUGGAACGAUAACGUCCAUCUACAAAGACAGCAUCAACAACAACAACAAAUUUACUUCGAACCUCGGUAGUCACGGCAAAAACUACAGCUACAACACUAAGACACGCGCGAGCUUUAACAACAAGGUCAACAACAACAAUAAGAACAACGAAAACAACAACGGUAGCAUCCGCCUCGUCAACAACAGCAGCAACCAGAAUUUCGACAGCAACAAUCAAAUCAACUCGGAAAACCGAGUCCACGACACAAUGAUCAACAAUAAUCGACACGGUUCCCGGAAUCACCACACCAAUGGUCAAACGUCGAGCAACGCGACGAAAUUCGAUUUCUUCUUCAAUGGGAAACGUGACCUGACAGCCAGUCUAGGCAGCACCAUCACGUCGGGUUACCAGAACUUAACGACCGGCCGCAGAAAUCGCCGCAAGGAAGUCUCCGGCAGGAGAGCGCUACAGAGGAGGAACAACUCCUCCGCGAGCCAAAAACUCAUUGUGAAUAACAGAGUUGUUAACCGAGCGUCGGGCCUCGCUCCUCCCAGCUCCAGCCAGGCUUCCUCAUCGCCCACGCGGACUCAGAGUGCGCAGGGCUCUCCGACAUCGUCGCAUAAAAUUCCUCGUCCGAGAGCCCGUUCGGCCGACGAAUCAUCGAAGAAGGCUGUCAACCAGAAAGCCGCCCGGGAAUCGAACGAAGACUGGGAGAUACUGCCGGAAGAGAUACUUACCGGGCCCAGGAUUGGUUCGGGCUCAUUUGGGACAGUUUACCGUGGCCAUUGGCACGGCCAUGUGGCUCUCAAGAAGCUCAACGUCACCGACCCCACACCCGCCCAGCUACAAGCGUUCAAGAACGAGGUUUCUGUCCUUCGGAAAACGAGACACAUGUGCAUCAUUCUCUUCAUGGGCUGUGUGUCCAACCCACAGCUAACGAUUGUCACCCAGUGGUGUGAGGGAUCCUCGCUGUACAAACAUCUACAUAUCGUGGAAACUCGAUUCGAACUGCAGCACAUAAUCGACAUCGCUCGACAGACCUCACAGGGCAUGGAUUAUUUACACGCGAAGAACAUCAUUCAUCGAGAUCUCAAAAGUAACAAUAUUUUCCUUCACGAUGAUCUGACGGUAAAAAUCGGCGAUUUCGGAUUGGCGACUGUGAAAGCUCGAUGGAGCGGUUCCACGCCAUUUUCGCAACCUACAGGCUCGAUCUUGUGGAUGGCCCCGGAGGUGAUUCAUAUGAAAGACCCGAACCCCUAUUCAUAUCAGAGCGAUGUGUACGCUUUCGGCAUCGUGCUCUACGAGCUGGAAACACAAUCGUUGCCGUACAGCAACGUCAACAACAAAGACCAGAUACUUUUCAUGGUCGGGAAAGGUUUCCUCAAGCCCGACAUGAGCAAAGUUCGAAGAGAUGCACCGAAAGCUCUGAUACGACUCACGGAAGAUUGCAUCAAAUACAAACGAGAAGACCGACCUCUGUUCAGACAGAUCCUUGCUUCACUCGAGUCCCUGAAGAGGUCGCUCCCGAAAAUUCAUCGGUCGACAUCAGAGCCAACUCUCAACCGAACUUAUCUGAAUAGCGAAGAAAUGCAAUUCACUUGUGCGUCGCCGAAGACGCCGUCGCAGUUCGGCAAUCCUGCCUAUCCGUUCUUCUCGAACACGGGCAACUUCUGA